AAGAAUUAGAAAUAAUUGUACAAGUAGAAAUCAUUACAAGAGAACCAUUUAUAACCAAUCUUAGAAGUCUUAUACAAGAAAGAAACGUCCAAGAAUAUAAGAAUAAACUCAAUAACAUUCUUAAUGAAGCAAGAGACUUAGCCGCAAAAGAACAUAAUGAUACCACCUGA